AUGGUGCAGAACAAGCAAGGCAUAUACACGCCGAAGCAGAAGAAGGUGGUGAUCUUAUGGGACUUGGACAACAAACCCCCUCGCGGGCCGCCGUACCAGGCAGCAAUGGCCCUGAAACAGGUGGCCCAGCGCUUCGGUGAGGUCGUAGAGUCGUCAGCCUACGCCAACCGUCACGCGUUCGAUCAUUUGCCUCAGUGGGUCAUCGAACAACGCCGCGAGCGCAAACAAUUAGACAUAUUGGAGCGCAAGGGUUUAGUCGUUCCUUCUGAGCCUUACAUUUGUGGAGUAUGUGGUCGAAAGUGCAAGUCCAAUUUGGAUUUGAAAAAGCACUUCAAGCAGCUGCACGAGAGGGAGAGACAGAAGAAGCUGAAUCGAAUGAGGUCUCUGAAAGGGAAGAAACGGCAGCGUUUUAAGGAGAGGUUUGUAUCUGGGAACCACAAGUACAAUGAGGCUGCGAGGUCUUUGAUCAAGCCCAAGGUCGGGUAUGGGUUGGCCUCGGAGUUAAGAAGAGCGGGUGUUUUUGUGAAGACUGUGGAGGACAAGCCUCAGGCUGCUGAUUGGGCAUUGAAGAGGCAAAUGCAGCAUUCUAUGAGCCGUGGGAUUGACUGGUUGUUCUUGGUUUCGGACGAUUCAGAUUUUUCGGAGAUGUUGAGGAAGGCUAGAGAGGCCAACUUGGGGACUGUGGUGGUGGGGGAUUUUGACAGAGCUUUGGGAAGGCACGCGGAUGUUUGGGUGCCUUGGAUUGGGGUCGAAAAUGGAGAGGUUUCAGAGAAGGAUUUGGUACCCAAAAGGAGGAUAAGUGAGUUCUUUGAUGAGGAUGAUGAUGAUAAGGGUGAUGGGUUGUUUUCGCAUUCGGGUUUCGAUGGUGGCAGUGAAUUGGACAAUGUGGUUGAUGAACUUGUUGUUACUAGGUCCCUGUCUAGUGGAAUGAGGAUUUCGGCAUUUUCGGAAGGGGAAUUGGAAGAAGGAGAUUGGGUAGAAGACGAUAGGGAUAGUGAAGAUAGUGAGGACUAUUUGCUGGAUAGUGAGGAUGAGGAAACAGAUGAGGAAGAUGGAUUUUUUUGA